UCGUCUUUUACAUUUUUUGCAUCAGCCGCUUUCCCCCUUCUCUCUCUCUCAGACGCAGGAAUGGCCGGCGCAGCUGCAUUGGCCAACACAGCCGGCUCGGUCACCCCGUCCACAGCAUCGACAGCAUCAACAGCAUCAACAGCAACGGCCCGCCGUGCCAGGCCAGCCAACCGCCCCAAGAAAGGUGGUCGGACAGAGACGCAGCAGACCAUCCGCCAGUCGGCCUUGACCAAGAAGCACUGGGACAGCGUCGUGUUUGACUGGCAGCAGCGGCUCUUUGACGAUGCCGUCGGGAUCCACGUUUUGCACGAGGCCUGCAGCUUUUUCACUCCCGAGACCUACGAUGCCGUCGUCGUCGAGCGAAGCACCGAGAAGCUCUGUGGCUACUCGCUCUGCGACCGGCCCUGCCAAAGCCUCAAGGGACGAUACCGCAUCUCGACCAAGGAGGCCCGCGUCUAUGACAUAACCGAGCUCAAAAUGUUCUGCUCGUCGCAGUGCCUUGUGGCCUCCAAUUACCUCAAGGCUCAGCUCCAUGCCGACCCGCCCUACAUGCGCAACAUGUCCAUACCCAUGACCUUUGACAUCAUCCCCAAGGAUACUGAUCCGCGCCAUCACCAUUUUCCGACAGCGAGCGCUUCCACCACCCAAUCCGGCAGCGGGUCAGGCGAGGCCCUGUCGGCAUUCGUGCGGGACAUGAUGGAGGCUCUGCCGGGGUUUGACGGCGGCCUGGCGAUCCGAGAAAACGACCCCUCUGCCUCCAAAAUCUCGGACCCACUACCGAUCGCCCAUUUCGAUGCGAUCGAGGGCUACCGGAGCCAAUAUCUCGACAAGAAAUCCACAGAACCUGAUGCUGGCGACUCAGCCCAUCAGCAGAAAGACGUGGAUCGGUCUGGAAGCCAGACGGAAUCGCAGCCCGUCGACCAGUCAGCCGGAAGCACCGCAAAUGGACCAGCGGCUCGUCCAGACAGCGAACAAGUCCUCGGUAUCGGAGACAAGCCACCAAGGAAUCGGCAAGCCCCAGCUGCUGAGCGGAGCGUGCGCUUUGCAUCCGACAAUCAGGUCAUUGAAAUCCCUGCCUCUGGCAAGUCCAAGCCCCUCAAGACCUCCAAGUGGCAGUCCCAAGUGCUGGAUCGAUCCUUGGCUGAUGAGCUGAUUCCCGAUCGCGGCCAGGUGACAGUGGCGGACACCACGGUCCGGCCUGAAGAGGCUCAGCUCAUCGAGCGUGCUGACACAGCCCUGCCCAAGGUACUGCGGGGCCGAGCUGUGCUGAAACAGAGGCCACCGCACGAACCCGACAGCGACGACGACGACGACGACGACGAAAGCGACAACGAAGGCGAUGGCGAUAGUGCCCACAGUGUCGCGAGUGACCCUGGACCUGACGGCAACGACAGGAAAGGGGCAGUUGUUGUGCAGGAGCACGGCGACGGGGACAAAAGUGAGAGCGGUGAUGGCAGAAGCCGGACCAAGGUCGCAAACGACGACGACUGCGAUGACGAGGACAAACAUAGCAGAGGCAAGCAUGGCGACGACAGUCAUGGCGAUCAUGAUGACGAUGACAAAGUCGACCAAGACGAGGGCAGGGACAGAGACAAGAAUGAUGAGGAUGAGGACGACGACCAAGACGAUGACGGCCGUAUGCCCUUGAACCUCGAUGUGUUGAUGCGGCCGUCCAAGAUCCAGGUGCCGCAGCUGACGCUCUUUGGAAAGAUAUGGAUCCUGAUGGACGAGAUGAUCACACCGGACACACGCACAUGGCUGCAGACCGACGAGGAGCUGGUCCACUUUGAGACGGACCAGAACGAGCUGCUGCGGAAGGACCUGUUCAGCGAGAAGAUGAUGAAGAUACUGCCACUACUGCUCCGGCAGUGCCAUGUGUCUGUCGUCGUCCAGGACGACCUGCUCUCCCUCAUCAAAACCAUGUCGAUCAACCAGACGGUCAGUGGCCUGACCUUCACCGAAGAAUACGCCGUCUGUGCGAUUCUUGCGAUGCUGCUCUGCAGAAAGGUCGCUGCCCUCAAAGACCAGCUCGAUCGACCGGCGCACUGGAAGGCCAUCGCCGAAAAAUGCGGUCUCACCGUCGAGCAUCUGCACACAUUUGCCGCCCUGGUCAAAUGAGCACCGCCGUCCCCACGCAGAUCCGCUCCAUUCCGCCCCGCUCCGUCUCACCUGUCUGCAGUGCCCCCCCCCGUCUCUUGUGCUCCUUCCUGCUGAUGGUCCAAUCCGUCCGGCCAGGGUCGGUAAUGAACACAUGUGUUUUGCCCCA